AUGGAGCCGCUCACAAUCCCAAAUCCGGAGAGAUUCUCGAGAGCUUUGGGGCUGUCCUUCAAGGCCUCGAACUCCAAUGGAAAGAUUUGGGUGUUUGUUGAAGAAGGGGCUGACUUUGAGGUGGAGGAUGAUUCGGAUCAGGUGUUGCAUGGCAGGUUCACUAGCCCCCGGCUUCGUUGUCCUACUAUGAUAUCGGUCGUGUAUGCAAAGUGCACGAGGGGGGAGCGGAGUAUACUGUGGGAUAAAAUGAGAGAAAUACCAUUGGCCACCGAUAGCCUACCAUGGAUUAUUGGAGGGGAUUUCAAUACAAUCCUCACUACACGAGAUAGGGUGGGUAGUGAAACUAAUCGGCAUGCCGAGAUGAUUGAUUUUGCUGAAGCCAUUGAGGAUUGUAGAUUAAUAGACCCAGGAUUUGAUGGCUCGGAUUACACUUGGGCUAAGAAUGGCCUUUUGGAAAGGCUUGACAGGGUGCUGGUUAACGAGCCGUGGACGCGGCUCUUUGAGGCAAUUAGGGUAACUAAACUUCCCAGGUUUGCCUCGGACCAUGGGCCGGUGCUUGUUAGAUGCAAAAUGAAGACCACCCCCGAGGGGGGAAAAGCUUUCCGCUUCCAAAACAUUUGGACACGACACGAGGAGUUUCGCAAUCUUGUGCAUGAGGAUUGGGAGGCACCUACGGAGGCUGAAGGACUAAUCAACCUCCAGAUCAAACUUUCAAGAAUCAAGAAAACGCUCAAGCGUUGGAAUAAGGAGAUAUUCGGGAACAUCCACGCCAACCUCCGUGCGAGUGAAGAGAGUAUUGCUACGGCCCAGGCGGACUUUGAAGCGAAUCCCUCACCCCGGAGCAGAACCGAUUUCAAUAGAGAAGUAGUACAGUAUAUUCUCCUGCUCAAAAUGGAAGAAGACUUUUGGAAACAGAAGGCAUCUCUCAAGUGGCUUGAGGAAUGA